AUGAACCUGCUAAUCACUUUUCUAACAUUUCUCACUUUAAAUCAGUGUCAUGCUCUAAAGGAAAACUCAUCAAACAGUCCAUCGGGGGUGUUGCAAAAGUUCUUCCAACAGUGUUCGGACAAAGAGGAAUUGAUAAAGUGCCUUAAAGUUCAAGCGGUGAAGGUUGCAGAUCGGGCUCUACAUUUGAGGUCUUUUAACGUCGUAGACGGAUUGAAUAUCGUCGGUAAUGCCCGCAUGGGCAGGGCCGGAUUGCACGAAUUGAACACGACCAAGUUGGAGAAGUUGUCGCACGAUGAGUUGGAUAGUUUGAUCGGCGAUCGAGCGACAAGAUUUUUGGACACCCAUAAAGUGGAAGUGAACAUCUCAAAACUCCUCAAAGAGGAAACCGGCAGAAGUUUUACGGAAGAAGCGCGCAGAGGCGGUGGUGGUGGGGGCGGAAGUGGAGGUGGCGGCAAUAGCGGUGGUGGAAAAGGGGGCGGCAAAAAGGGCGGCGGUGGCGGUGGAGGAGGCUACGGAGGCUAUGGGGCCCUUAUGGCCGCCCUGGCUAUCAAGGGAAGCUUCUUAGCUCUCGCUUAUAAAGGUAUAGCCAUCAUGUCUGGUACAGCGAUCCUUAUCGGGAAAAUGGCCCUGAUUUUAGCAGCCAUUCUCGGAUUGAAGAAAUUGGUAUCGAACAAUAACGAAAAAACCACUUUUGAAAUUAUAAAAACGCCCAAGUAUACGGAAGAGCACGUUCAUACCUCCGAACAUGAGGACGAGCACUCCUAUAGGAGGAAUUAUUUGGAUAACAGUGAGGUGCAGAGGAGGGUUUAUCGGUUUCAGAUACCCGAGGACUAAUUUUUAGUUUAAUUGUUGUCGUUUGGAAAUCGUACUUAUUAAACGUAGUAUUAGAGAGAUA